AAACGCCUACUUACUUUUGAGUUUCCAGUACGAGUGAAAAAGUACCUGUACAUUCUAAAAUAACGAAAGACUUUCUCACAUCCUCCAUACGGGCAAAUACCAGAAACCCACAUCACCAGCAGGAGGAAGCGAAACAGAAAUAUUCCAACCAAAAUCUACACCGUACGCAGUAACCGAAAUGGAUAUAGUUGUAAAAUGUGUUCUGUUGAUAGAUUUCAUAUUGUUUCAUUUGAUACCGACGCCGCAGUUAAAGCUACACAACAGGCAGAGACUGUGUGGUGUCGGAGUGUGGAACAGUGGGUAAUGGAUUCUUGGAAUAUGUAACAAGUAAAGAUGCUGGUUUAGUUUUCCUGACUCACUUAUUAUAAUGGCUGAAGGACAGUUAUCAUUAAAAAUCAACCGGAUCUACGAAGAACUGUCCAGCGAUGAAAGCCAGAUGUUAAACUAUUUGUGCAGCGACCUUGAUGGAGACUGUUCGAAGCAAGACGUGAAGGAAGUUUUGAAAUCGCAGAUAAAAAGUGGAGUGAUAGACCAUCUAGUUCUGGCUGAAUUGCUGUACAGAAUCAAAAGGUUUGACCUUUUGAAAAAGAUACUAAGUUCAAAUAAAAAACAAGUGGAAGCUCUUUUGGGAAGUAGACUGUGCACUUUUUCUGCUUACAGGGUGCUCAUGGCAGAAAUCAGUGAAGACUUAGAUAAAGAAGAUUUGCGUUCAGUAAUAUUUUUAUUACAUGACAGUAUACCAAAAGGACGGCUUGAUAAAGCUACGGGCUUCCUUGAUGUGGUGAUUGAGUUGGAGAAGCUUGAUAAAGUCUCACCGGAUAAAGUGGAUUUAAUAGAACAGUGCCUGCGUCACAUCCACAGGAAAGACCUGGAGAAGAAGGUGCUGAAAUACAUGGGCAGCAGUCAAGCUUUACGCCCAAACGUUGCCUCACACAAUCAGAGGGAAAAAUGUUUGCGUCACUCGCAUUCACAAGAAGCUGCCAGCGCACCACCUCGUCCUGGAAGAAUUUAUCAAAGUCCUGCUGGAGCCCAGGCUGCAGAAAACAUCAACGUUUCCUUCUCAGUACCUGAAACGGGAAUGCAGAACCCUGGAGAAGUAUACAGAAUGCAGAGACGUCCUUUUGGAGUUUGUUUAAUAAUAGACUGUGUUGGCACUGAUGGAGAUAUGCUAGAACACACCUUCAAGAGACUUCACUUCCAAGUCAUCCUGUACAAGUGGUUAAGCCUAAGCGACGCCUACUCAUUGUUAAAGGAAACAGCUAGGAUGAGAGAGCACAGGAACUCGGACUGCUUCGUCUGUUGCAUUAUCAGUCGGGGAAGCUCUACGAAGAUGAUCGCCACUGAGAAAGAGGGUCCCGGCAUCAGCUUCGACACAAUAAAGCAGCUCUUCACUGUGGAGCAUUGCCCAGACCUUUCAGGCAAACCAAAGCUGUUCUUCAUCCAGAACUACACCGUUCCAGAGCGCUGUGACUACAAUGACGUGGAGGUUGAUGGGCCUUCCGUUGCCAGUAGGGUGGAGUAUAUCCCUAAUGAAGCUGAUGUUUUCUGGAGCUGCUGUAAAACGGAUGCUUGCUUCCUUGAAAAAGUGAAUCAUCGGUCAGAAUACCUACAUGCUCUCUCAGCAUCUCUACUAAGGGGACAGAAAAGAAACAGGCAUCUCAUUGAUAUCCACACUGAGGUGAACAGUGUGGUCUACGAGAAAAACAGACUGCAGCACGGAGCGACCUACACCGUGGAUCUGCGCCACACUCUGCGCAAGAAACUGCUCUUUCCACUAAGUAAUGGCUGCCAGGGACUGGCCAGCUGUGGAUCGCUGACCUGCAGAUGGGCGUGUCCCGACAGCUGCAGACACACGCCCGGGCUGAUGAGCCAGGAGCAACAGUCCAAGAAAGAGCUUUGUUCUCAAACCUGCAUCUACUCCUUGGUGAGUGAAGAUGACUGGGAUCAGAAAAAUCAGGCUAGAAUCCACAUGGAAAUAAUCAGAGCACAUAAAGUGGAACUCAUCGGGUGGUUGAGAUCUGACCCAGUUCACAUUCUUCAGCACUGCCACAGCAAGAUCCUUACAGAACGAGAGUAUGAUAGCAUCAAGUGUCUACAGAACCCUGAGCAGCUGGUCAUCAAACUCUUGGACAUAAUUCUGAGAAAAUCGGAUCAAGCAUGUCAGGACUUUCUAAACAUCUUGAAAUUAGUCACGGACACCUACCCACAACUAGAGCAGUGGUUACGCAAGAUUCAAGAAAUUAAAACAGAUGCAUCCUUAAGCUAUGAAGUAUCACAAGGAAGAAUCACAAACCAGGAUCAUUAUCAAGAAUAUCUCCCACAGGUUGAUGCUUAUAAAAUGACGAGCAGGCCCAGGGGCUAUUGUGUGAUAAUAAACAACAAGGACUUUGAAGGAGCAAGGCUGAAAGUUCCUUCACGACCUUUGAACGACAGAAAAGGCACAGAUAUCGAUGCUGAGUAUCUGACAAAGGUCUUCAAGUGGUUGCAUUUUGAAGUAGUGCAGUACAAUGACCAGACAGCACGUGAAAUCCAUUCCACUAUGGAGAGGUAUCGCCAGCAGGACCACAGUAACAGGGACUGCUUCGUCUGCUGCAUCCUCUCCCAUGGAUUGAAGGGAACCAUUGAGGGCACAGAUGGCUCUUCUGUCCCCAUUCGGGAAAUAACCUCCUAUUUUACUGGCAGUAGUUGCCCUUCUCUUAAGGAAAAGCCAAAGGUCUUUUUCAUCCAAGCUUGCCAGGGGCAAAAAAUCCAAAUAGCUGUGAAAAUCCAUGCAGACGGUGAAGGUCCUGCUUCACAACCGGAAACUGAACCAGAGCCUGAAGCGAAUGACAAUCAUGUACAGCAGUACACUGACACAGCACAGCAGAUCACCAGCCCUGUACAGCAUGCCUCCGAGUUUCUACAGCAAGUACAUGAAGUUAGCAGCCUUGUACGGCAGGAACAGCAGGUCACAAACCCAAUACACCAGGUAGCCAGCCCUGUGCAACAGGUCACUUGCUUUCUACAUCAGGUACUGGAGCUCACCAGCACAGAACAGCAGGUCACCAGCCCAGUCCAGCAGGUCUCCAGCUUUCUACAGCAGGUACAGCAGGUCACCAGCUUUUCACAGCAGGUAGCUAACCUGGAACAGCAGGAUGUCUGCCCUGUACAGCAGGUCUCUAGCCUUCUACAGCAGGUACAGGAGGUCUGCCACCUAGCACAGCAGGUCAACAGCCCGGCCCAGCAGAUACAGCAGGUCACCAGCCCUAUAGAGCAGGUCACUGUUUUACUACAGCAAGUACAGACUGCUGUCGUCCCUAUACAGCAUGUCGGCAGACUUCUACAGCUGGUAAAGCAGACCACCACCCCGGCACGAUCGGCUGUCAGCCCCCCACAGCAGUUUGUGAGCCCCGUACAGCAGGUUACCAAUCCUCCACAGCAGUUUGUGAGCCCCGUACAGCAGGUUGCCAAUCCUCCACAGCAGUUUGUGAGCCCCGUACAGCAGGUUACCAAUCCUCCACAGCAGUUUGUGAGCCCCGUACAGCAGGUUGCCAAUCCUCCACAGCAGUUUGUGAGCCCCGUACAGCAGGUUGCCAAUCCUCCACAGCAGUUUGUGAGCCCCGUACAGCAGGUUGCCAAUCCUCCACAGCAGUUUGUGAGCCCCGUACAGCAGGUUGCCAAUCCUCCACAGAAGUUUGUCAGCCCUGUACAGCAGGCUGUCAGCCCCCCACAGCAGGCUGUCAGCCCUGGAUGGGAGGUUGCCAAACGUGUACAGAUGGACACCAUCCCCAACGAUUCAGACUUUCUCCUCGGCAUGGCUACAAUGGAGGAUUACUUAUCCUACAGAAGUAUCUCCAAAGGUUCCUUCUACAUGCAGGCCCUGUGCAGGAAUCUGGAGUUGUAUUGCCCCAGGAAUGAAGACAUUCUGAGCAUCCUGACCACAGUGAACAGAGAACUGAGUAGAGAAAACUUUAUGAACAACAAGCAGAUGCCAGAGCCGAGAUAUACCCUGACAAAAAAACUCUUCUUCCCUGUGUCUUGACAGCACUUGGAUAUGCACUUAUUGGUUGUUUAUAUAGAGCACAACCGUUCUUAAGAGUCUUAUAGUUAAGCGAAAAACACAAAACUUACCUUAUACAGAAGGCAUUUUUGCAAUUAUAUUUUAUACAUUAUAACCUUUUAAACAUAAAUAUCUCAGAUUCAGAGGGUAAUUAUGAGCAUGGGAUUAAGGUUAAUAGUACAAGCACAUGGACUCCUCCGGAUGGAAGAGAUAAAUGUUUAGAUAUGUAUAUUGAAGUAGUUAAACAAGAAAUAAUAGUAGGACUAAAGAAAAGAUGUAAACUUAAUUUAACCAAUAUUGAAGAACAAGCUAUGACUGAGUUGUUAAAUGAUGAUGAUAUAAUGAUAAGACCAGCAGAUAAAGGCUCAGGAAUAGUGAUAAUAAACUCAGAUGACUAUAUGAAAUAAGAUCAAUAAAUUGGUUAAAGAGCUUAAGGAAAUUGUGGAGAGACUAUACAAUAAAGGAAUUAUAUCAAAAGAAUUUAAAAAAAUACAUGCAGCCACAUAAUGCAAGAACAGGCCUAGCAAGAGGAAAUCCUAAAAUGCACAAAGAAAAUCACCCUAUGCGAAUGAUAGUCAGUACAAUUGAUAAUAAUCCAACACACUUAAUAGCUGAAAUAGCAGAAAAACAACUUAGGUCACACGUUGAGAAAUUACCAAGCUAUGUUAAGGAUACAACACCAUUUUUAAAAAGACUUGAAUCACUAAAACACAACCUUCCAGAGAAGACAAUUUUAUUUUGCAUGGAUGUAAAAUCCUUGUACCCAAGUGUCUCUAGUAAAGCACUAGAUAAUAGACUAGAUAAAUCAAUACCAACAGCAGAAGUACUGAAUAUGAUCAACGUAGUUUUAGAAAACAGUUAUUUUACAUUUGUUAAUAAGAAUUACAAACAAACAAAUGGUACAGAAAUAGGAUCUAAAUUAGGAAUGCAUUUUGCCAGUACAUACAUAGGGAAAUGGGAAGAACAAUGACUUAGAAAAUCAGAAAGAGAACCUUUAGAAUACAUUCGGUUUGUAGAUGAUAUUUUGGGGGUUUGGACACAUGGAGAAGAAUCUCUUUUUCCAGUUUCAUAAAAUGGCAAAUGAAAUACACAGUAAUAUUAAGGUGGACCUUCGAUGGACAAGGAAAGAAAUAGAAUUUUUAGAUACCAUAGUAAAACUUGAAGAAGGUUCAAUUGAGACUGACCUCUUCUGUAAACCUACUGACAUGCACCAGUAUUUACACAUGUCCUCUGCACAUCCGAUACACACUAAAAAGGCAAUCCCAAAGGGUCUAGGAAUAAGAAUAUGAAGAAUAUGCUCACAAGAAAGUGACUAUGUAAAACAAAGAAAUGUAUUAAAAACACAUCUUAGAAAAAGAGGAUGCAAAGAAAGAAUUAUAGAGACGGAGUUAAGAAAAGUGGAUAAACUAAAAAGAGAUGAUCUACUAGAUUAUAAAAAUAGAGAUAAAAAGGUCAAAAGAGUCCCAUUAGUAAUGACUUAUUCUAAACUUUUGCCCAAUAUUUCUAAGAUAGUUUGGAAACACUUGCGGAUUCUACAUAAUUCAGAAAAAUAAAAAAUAAAGUAUUUCUUAAGGCCCCAGUUGUAGCAUUCAAAAGAGAAGCUAAUUUCGGUGAUAUUUUAGUUCACAGUAAACAUAAAAAAAUAAUUGACAAAAUAGGUUCUACGAACAUGUGCACCAGUAAAUGUAAAGUGUGUAAAUACAUAGACAAAAGUAAAAAUAUAAUUAAACAUAAGAACACCACAUAUCCACUAAAAACUAAUACCUACUGUAAAAAUAGCAAUGUCGUUUAUGGAAAAUGUGAUGAAAUCAAAUAUGUUGGAGAGACUGGAACCACUUUAUACAAAAGAAUUCAGAACCACCUUUCAUUAAUUAGAAAUAAAAAAAUGAAUGAACCAAUAGUACAGCACUUCACCAGUCAGGGGCAUGACAUAAAUGAUGUAAAGUUUGUAGUAUUAGAACAGCUAAAAUUAGACAAUGCGACAUAUAGAAGAAUAAAAGAAAGUAAAUGGAUAAAUAGACUGAACACGAUUAUGCCAGCGGGACUCAACAGAAAAGAAUGAACUAAUUAACUUCAAUAAAUAUACAACAUUUAAAUAAAUAAACAAAAUUAAUUCAAAAGUUGUGCAUGCUGAUGCGCUGGGGAGGCCAAAUCAAGACUGAUCCUCAGAGCCAGCAUUGCAUGAUAUAAUAAAAAUAUAAGUUUAUAUAAAGUAACGUUAAUUAGAAUUAAUACAGAUUCAAAGAUAGAAGUAAAAAUGAUGUCACAAUAUAUAGAACACCAUUACAUCAUGUAAGAAUAAAUCAUGGAUUUGAAUGUAAACAAUAACAAGUAGUUAUCAUGCCGUCAAAAACCUAUAAAUACCUCCAGUUCAAACACAGGCUCCCUUGAAAAAGAUAUGUACAACAUAUCGAA